AUGAACAUACAUUUGGUACUGAGAACACCGUCACUAGGAGUAACAGCGGAUUUCCCAUAUCAGAAGCAAGUAAGUACACAUAAUGCCAGUGGUGGCAGGUAACGAAGUAAAUGUACUUUGUUACUGUACUUAUGUACACUAACAAUAUAUAACAUUUAUGAGAUUAAUUACUUCUUCUGUUCGAUUAAAAAAUCUUUGGUUAAUUUAGUAAAAAUGUUAAAAUCCUUGCAGUUUCUGAUGUGAAUUGGCAAAGAAUAAGUUCUGAGUAGGAAAAAAAAAGCAUGUAACCUAGUACAUUUUUGCCCGAGUACUUUAACUUGAAACAAAAGUCUUUUUAUGAUGUAACGUGUUACUUCAUUAUUUUCAUUUUGUGUUGAAGUAUUUUGUUACUUUCAUUACUUUUAACUUGAUUUUUGCUAAAAAUCAAGAGGAAACAUAAGUAACAAUUGGUACUUCGGAUUCGUAACAUUGACAGUUUGUCUUCCCGAAGUGUACACGUAGCCCACUGGUGUCCUGUAUAGAGCUACGCCAAUGAGCCUUUUGUGAAAAAGUGCUGUUAAAAAUAUGACGUAUGUGCAGAGGCUGCAAUCGAGUGUACUUUUUACUUGUACUUCAAGUGUUUUUAAAACUAAUUAUACUUUUAAUAACUCAAGUACGUUUUUAUCCGCGAUACUUUUACUUUGACUUCAAGUCGUUUUAAAGUUGAUUACUUCAACUUUUACUCGAGUAAAUAUAGGAAAUUUAGUCACCACUGCAUAGUGCAUAUUCAGACCCUUAGAUGCGAUCAUCAUUGUCUUUGCUUUAACUUUCAAUUAUUCUAACUUAUAGGAUUUAAAAGAAGGGUUUUGCAGCUAUUAACUGAAAUCCAUAACACAGUAGCCCAGGUGGGAAAAAGAUGUUCUCCUGCCAAUUCUGAAAUGCAGAUCGAUCAGGGAACGAGCUUGGAGGAACUGAAACGAUUAGACGCCAGUCUUGCUGAUAAAGACGCUAGAGAAAGCAUAAUUUUGAACCUGCCUACGAAUUCUUGAAUUGACCACAGCAUUUAAAUUAAUUCAAGCAAUUUUUCGAUGUAUGAAGAACAGAAGUAUGAGCGUGCUGUAGAGGACUUCAGUUGUUCAUGAACCGAGAAAGUUUAUUAACCAAUUAUUUUUUAAACUUAUAUCUUGACUCAGCUGUAAAUAUAUGUGCAUGCUCUAUUACUCAACGUCUGACUCAAUUAGCAUGUAUGCCCAAUCCUCACAUAACCUGCUUUAGUCGUGAUAUGGAGGACAAUUGUUUUGCAGUUAUCAAGAAUUGUUGAUGUUGGAGGACUGAACAUCAGAGAGAAUGUCCGCAAUGUGAUGCACAGGUAAAUAGCCAUGAAAGUACGACAACACAAUUAAAGUGUGCUGGUGUUCUUAUAUACUGUAUUGUAGAUUGUAAGUCACCUUUCAUGCUAUUGGGAACUAUUAUCAAUAUUUCCAAUUCAUUUUUAGAUUGAUGAAUAAUGAAGUUAUGGCUUCAAUGAACAUGAAAGGAAAAGGCUCAAAAUAUGCUUUUGGGUCCACUAAAGUAUUUCAAGUUGUUGUAGGUAUGUGACAGUGUACUCUUUGUGGUGUAUUUUCCUGCAGCACCGCAUUCGUAAAAGUUACAUUAACUCAUGUGCCUUGAACUAAGCCUCAACGGUUCGAGCGAAUGCCAUUGCAAACAAACCUGCCUUACUUCAAAAAGUGUUAAAUGUUUUUUAAACAAGGGUGUUACUACAUGGCAAACAUGUUUGUGUAUGUUGUGCUGUGUAUAGCUGUUCUAAACACAGAAAUUCCCCUUGUUGGAAAGAAGAAAGAACAAAUUAAGUUUGAAAGAAUCCAUAGUCAAUUAGCCUUUCUCACGCCACCAUUUUUGGGUGGCAUUUCAGCCGAAGUCUGCGAGAUAAGUUCACAUAACAGUGACUUUUUAUAAUUUUUUGUACGAAUGAUGGUAAAUUUGCUUUGUAAAUGGUUAGUUUAUUUUGAAAAAUUGCUUUUCAGAUUGUUUUAAUUGGUUAACGAGAAUAAGAUGUCACCCAAAAAUGGCGGAUUUCGUCAUUGUGAGAAAGGCUAAUUUACAACAUCAACUUUUCUUUGAGAAAGUCCAGCUUAAAUUUAAUUACUUGAUCAGAAUUAAAAGUCAUGGUUAAUUUCCCCAUUUAAAUUUUUGGCAAAAAUUUUGUUUCUUCCCAUUUAAAGAAUAGUUUUUGAUUUUUCCAUUUUUGACUGUUUUUUUUUGUCCUAGGGCAUUAAUGUCCCUAAGCAAUAUUAUGGGGAUUUUCCGGAUCGUUAUCCUAUCGCGAAAUUAUAAAUAUAAUCGCAACUAUAAUCAUAUCGCAUAGCUGAUGCUUGCCAAUGGUAGUCAUAUAAUGAAAACCCAUUGUUAAUAUUGUGCUCUGUAGUGUUCCCAGAAUGUGUGGUUAAAAAUCAAAAGACGACGGAAGCGGAGGUGGAACGAGCCUCGACUGCAUUCCACCUUUUCUCGCCGCCAAAGAUUCACACCAGAAAUUCAGCUUUAAAAUUCGAUCCGCCAAAGACUAUCUAA